GGUUCAAAGAGCCGGUUUUGAAAAAGCAGAUCGUUCGCGAACAGCCCACCAUCAGUGCAGCCUCGCAGUGAAUGAAUGGACACAGCUUGCUCGUUCGGAGGGAACUUUUCAUAAAAUAAGCACUUUUUCUUUAUUAUAUAUUUAAAAAGCAGCACUUUUCUUUGAUUUAUAUUUAAAAAAAGCAGCACUUUUGUUUAAAAUAUAUGUUUAGUUUUAGGCUGCUGACGGACUUUACGAAACAAAACAGCACCCAGGACGUUAUUUCGGAUGUUCCUUAAACGCAUCAUCAAAGUGCUUUAAGUAACCUGCUGGUCGGCGGGGAUUUGAGCGGCUUCUGGCCGGGUCUUCUCGGCGUCUCCCCGGCGGAGGACUAGCGUCGCAACGGCCGCAUGCCUCCAUGGUGCCCAACAAGUGGACCAAGAACUCGGCGCUUCACAAGUCGCCGCCUCGGAGCUGGCUGGGACUCAAGUUGCGAAUCCAUGACAAGCCAGUCCAGGAGGAAGACUGGGUGGUGUGCCAGCAUCCGGAGUGUCCUGACCGCCGCAGGGCCUCAAAGGUGUGCCACCACCCCGACUGCCAAGGCCUGAAUACCAAGAGCCCACUUCACUUGUGUGAGUCAUGUGACUCCCGCUGCCACUCGGACAACAAGAUGCACUUUGACCGCCAUCCCCGAUUUGACCUUCAACCUCAAGCCUCCAUCCUGGCUCGGAACGUGUCCACGCGGUCCUGCCCCCCACGCACCAGCCCCCCCUCCGACCUCGAGGAGGAGGACGAGGGGAGCAGCGAGCGCCGGGAGAAGAAAGCCGGCGGGAUGAAGCUGGUGAAGAAGAAAGCACGGAGGCGACACACCGACGACCCCAGCAAGGAAUGCUUCAGCCUCAAGUUUGACCUCAACGUAGACAUCAACACAGAAAUAGUCCCCGCUAUGAAAAAGAAAACACUGCGAGAGGUUCUGGGUCCGGUCUUUGAGAGGAACGGCAUCGAGCUGUCCCAGGUGGACCUGUUCCUGGAUCAGUCCAACACGCCUCUGUCCCUCAACUUUGAGGCCUACAGAUUUGGCGGACACUACCUCAAAGUCAAAGCGCGGCCUGGCGACGAGUUGAAGGUGGAGCAGGGCGUGAAGGACCUGAGGUCUCUCAGCCUGCCCAACAUGAAGCCCUCGGGCACGCACGGCCCCUACAUCGUCACGCCGGCCGCAAAGAGGGCGGAGCAUGGAUCUCUGGGACGCCGCGAGGGCGUGGACCUGCUGGGUCAGGCCCGGCGCACGAAGAACAUGGCCGAGUUUUUGGGGGAGUCCAACAUCCCCACCCCGGAGGCCCUGGGCCAGGUGAGCAACUCCCUGCCCGGCGCCGGCCCGGACAGCUGGAAGAACCGAGCCGCCAGUCGCUUCAGCGGCUUCUUCAGCUCCAACGCCGCCGCCUUCGGCAAGGAAGUAGAUCGCCUGGAGCAGCUGCAGAGCAAGCUGCACUCCUACACGCUCUUCGAGCUGCCGAAGGUGCCGCGGCAGCUCUCCUUCCACCAGAACUCCUGGGAGGAAGACGAGCAGGAGCCGGACCUGGUCCUGGAGGACAGCUGGCAGAUGCUGCUGGACAAUGCCGAGACGCUGACAAGGCGACAGUUCCACCAGCAGGAGGCGAUAUGGGAGCUGCUGCAGACGGAGGCCACGUACAUUAAGAAACUCAGGGUCAUCACGGAUCUGUUCCUGUGCGGCCUGCUCAACCUGCAGGAGAGCGGCUUCUUCAGCGAGGUGGAGCCCCUCCGCCUCUUCAGCAACGUCCAGGAGAUCGUCCGUCUGCACAGCGCCCUGUGGAACCAGGUCAUGCGCCCCCUGCUGGACAAGGCCAGGAAGGCCCGCGCCCUGCUCGACCCCACGGACCUACAGCGGGGCUUUCGGACGUUCUCCUCCAGGUUCAAGCCCUACAUCCGCUACUGCAUGGAGGAGGAGAGCUGCAUGGAGAACAUGCGAGCGCUGCUCAGGGACAACGAGCUCUUCAGGACCUACGUGACGUGGGGGGAGACCCACAAACAAUGCAACCGCCUGAAGCUGGCGGACAUGCUGGCCAAACCUCACCAGCGCCUCACCAAAUAUCCUCUGCUGCUGCAGAGAGUGCUCAAGAAGACGGACGACCCAGCCGCCCGCGAUGUCCUCAGUGGCAUGGUGGCCGCGGUGGAGAGCUUCAUCGACAGCAUCAACUCGCACAUGCGCCAGCGUCAGGAGCGGCAGAAGCUGGCCACCACGUGCGCCCGCAUCGACUCGUACGAGGCGGUCGAGGGGAGCAGUGAGGAGGUGGAGAAGAUCCUCAAGGAGUACAACCGCUUCGACCUCAUGGCGCCCAUGAGGGGAACGUCGGCGGAGGAGACUCGCCAGCUCCACCUGGAGGGCGCUCUGAGGAUGAAGGAGGGCAAGGACAGCCGGAUGGACGUCCACUGCUUCCUCUUCACCGACCUGCUGCUGGUCACCAAGCCCGUCAAGAGGCUGGAGAAGGUCAAGGUCGUCCGCCAGCCUCUCCUCAUCCACAACGUCGUCUGCAAGGAGCUCAAAGACGCCGGUUCCUUCAUCAUCAUCUACCUCAACGAGUUCAGGAGUGCGGUGGCCGCCUACACCUUCCAGGCCAACAGCGCCCCCCAGGGGAGGACGUGGAUGGAGGCCAUCUGCAGCGCGCAGAAUCAACUCCAGAGGCUGCGGACCGAGGAGGCCAUCAGACAGCAGACUUUAAUCCAGACCAGAAGAGAGGAGGAGGAGGAGGAGGCGGAGGAAGACGAGGAGGAGGAGGAGGAGGAAGAUGAUGAGAGCGCCAACGACUCCAAUGCAAGUUCUCCAAGUCUGAGACGCAAGGAGCAGCACAAGCUGAGUCAGUCGGAUGGCUCCACGGAGACGUUGUCCAUGGUGGACGUGGACGCUCUGGCCGAGUCAAAGGGGUCUCCCGCCGCCGGCAAGGAACACGCCGACGUCUGCGCCGACGUGUCCGCCCUGCCAGAGAUGUCAGAUGCGGCGCGGUCCUCAGGUGUCCAAAGGACAUCCUCCGGCGUUUACUGUGACCAGGAGGCGGAGCCUGACAGCGAGGAGUUGGACCCUCAGUGUCGCUCCCUGUCCAUGGACAGCGCCUACGGUACUCUGUCCCCCGAGUCUCUCCUCCGAGAACUGCAGCCUCAGCAGAGCGAAGGCGAAGGGACAGACGAGGAGGACGAGGACGACGAGGAGGACGCCGCCUCGUUAGGCUCUCAGCUGUCCGUGCUCCAGUCGUGCAAACCUCGCCGGCGGCCUCACGUGACGCCCAGACGCCACUGCCUCCAGAAGUCGUCCACGCUGACUUUGUCUCGCUCCGAGGACAACCUCCUGCAGCGCCUCCACAUCAAAGCGCCCGCCCUUGCCGCCAGCGACCACCCGGGAACGGACGCGCCCUCGCUGGCGCACAGCAAGAGUCUGUCGGCGCUCGGAAGCAACGGCGCCGGCUUCUUCCCCGCUGCCUUCCUCAGCGACGAGAAGGCAGCUGCUGUCGACGCCCACAGCAGCAGCAGCGGCUCUGACGGGGAUGUGGCUCCAUCUGGUGGCGGCCGGGGGAAGUGCGAGGUUGCCACCGGCGGAGAUUUGAGCGACGCGUCGCCCGUAGCGAGGAAGUCCCCGGCGCCGCCGCACAAGAAGCUGACGCUGGCACAGCUCUAUCGAAUACGCACCACCAUGGUCCUCAACUCCACUCUCACCGCCUCGGAGGUGUAACCAUGGCAACCAACACCAGACCACUUCAUUCCGUCUCUUCCUGCAGACGCCGCCGCCCUUCAGGAAGCCACGUGCACGGCCACGGCGAGCGUGCACGUGGCCCCCGGCGGCCCCGGAGAGACUCACUGCUUGCACUUUUUUUUGCCCACCACGUAGCACCACCAGGGGGCGCCGCCAUUCCUGACUGACAGAGGGGGCGGAGCUUCCUUUCCCCCCCCCCCCCGCCCUUUUGGGUCGGAGGCGUGGCUUCAGGACUUUUGAAAAGUUGAAAGAAGAUUGCACAUUUUGUUUGAAACAAGUCACAUGAACUUCCCCGACCAGCCAAAAAACAAUCUUCCUCCUUAUUGGUCCUUCUGUUUGAUUUGAAGGUGGGCGUGGCCAGCAAGAGUGGGCGGGGUCAUACACGACCGGCGACUUUAAAACGCUUCCCUUAAGCUUUCGUAGCCCGAACCGGUUACGUAACGAAUCUACCGUGACAACCCCCAACCAAACACUUUCACCAAAUCACCAUUUUUCUUUGUUUACGUCGUUUUCUACGUCUUGAUAUUUAUUUGCUACAAAGAAGUAGAAGAGCUGCACUGAAGUCAAAGCCGGAAUUCUUCCAGAAUGUUCUCAAAUUUUGCGAGAAAAUCGUGAGGUACAAAUUUGUGAUAUGACAUAAAAACAAACAUCGUAAAAUUGAAACAAAACAGUUAAGGUCUGGUGAAGAAAGAAGUAAAUAUUACGAGAAACAAAAGUCAGAAUUUUUGGGAAAAUAAAGCCGUCAUUUUUGCGAUUACCAAUCCGAAUGUUACAUCUUAUCUAUGCCGGAACUUUUGAACCGUCACAAGUCAAAUUUAAACCAAAAAUUACCAGAUUAUUUUUGUCGUAACGUUAUGACUUUAUACUUCCAAUAUUACGACUAUUGUCAUCAAAUUACGACUUCAUUAUCGUAACGUUACGACUUUUUUUGUAACAUUACAACUUAAUUCUCGCAAUGUUACAACUUUGACUGUUGUCGUGACAUUACGACUUAAUUAUCGUAACGUUACGACUUUUUUUCGUAGCAUUACAACUUAAUUCUCGCAAUGUUACAACUUUGACUGUUGUCAUGACAUUACGACUUAAUUAUCGUAACGUUACAACUUUUUUUCGUAGCAUUACAACUUAAUUCUCGCAAUGUUACAACUUUGACUGUUGUCAUGACAUUACGACUUAAUUAUCGUAACGUUACUUUUUUCGUAGCAUUACAACUUAAUUCUCGCAAUGUUACAACUUUGACUGUUGUCAUGACAUGACGACUUAAUUAUCGUAACGUUACGACUUUUUUCCGUAGAAUUACAACUUAAUUCUCGCAAUGUUACAACUUUGACUAUGGUCAUGACAUUACGAAUUAAUUCUCACAAUGUUACGACUUAAUUUUCGCAAUAUCACAACUUUAAUGUUGACACAUUACAUUUAAAUUGUUGUAACAUUACGACUUUAUUCCCACCAUGGUGAAAUUUUAUUGUCGUCACAUUAAGAUUAAAAUGUAACAUUACGGUAUCCUCGCAAUAUUGAGAAAAUAGUGAGGUACAAAUUUGUAAUAUGACAAACAUCGUAAAAUUGAAAGAGAACAGUUAAAGUUUGAUGAAGAAAGAAGUAAAUAUUACGAUAAACAAAAGUCAUAAUUUUUGGGAAAAUAAAGCCGUCAUUUUUGUGAUUACCAAUCCGAAUGUUACAUCUUAUCUAUGUCGGAACUUUUGAACCGUCACAAGUCAAAUUUAAACCAAAAAUUACCAGAUUAUUUUUGUCGUAACGUUAUGACUUUAUACUUCCAAUAUUACGACUAUUGUCAUGAAAUUACGACUUCAUUAUCGUAACGUUACGACUUUUUUUGUAACAUUACAACUUAAUUCUCGCAAUGUUACAACUUUGACUGUUGUCAUGACAUUACGACUUAAUUAUCGUAACGUUAUGACUUUUUUUCAUAACAUUACAACGUAAUUCUCGCAGUGUUACACUUUUGACUGUUGUCAUGACAUUACGACUUAAUUAUCGUAACGUUACGACUUUUUCGUAGCAUUACAACUUAAUUCUCGCAAUGUUACAACUUUGACUAUCGUCAUGACAUUACGACUUAAUUCUCACAAUGUUACAACUUAAUUCUCGCAAUAUCACAACUUUAAUGUUGACACAUUACAUUUAAAUUGUUGUAACAUUACGACUUUAUUCCCACCAUGUUGCAAUUUUAUUGUCGUCACGUUAGGAUUAAAUUGUAACAUUACGGUAUCCUCGCAAUAUUGACAAAAUAGUGAGGUACAAAUUUGUAAUAUGACAAACAUCGUAAAAUUGACAGAAAACAGUUAAAGUUUGGUGAAGAAAGAAGUAAAUAUUACGAGAAAAAUUUUCUUUUUUUUUGCGAAAAUAAAGCCGUCAUUUUUGUGAUUACCAAUUGGAAUAUUACAUCUUAUCUUGAACCGUGACAAGUCAAAUUUAAACCAAAAAUUACCAGAUUAUUUUUGUCAUAACGUUGUGACUUUAUACUUCCAAUAUUACGACUAUCGUCAUGACAUUACGACUUUAUUAUCGUAACAUUACAACUUCAUUCUCGCAGUUUCACAGCUUUGUUGUUGACACAUUACGAUUAAAUAGUUGUAAUGUUACGACUUUAUUCCCACCAUGUUACGAUUUUAUUGUCGUCACAUUCCGAUUAAAUUGUAACAUUGUGACUUCGUCCUCGCAAUUUUCCUACAAUAUUACGACUUUAUUUUCCUAACAUUCCCACUUUCUUCUCUUUAUUGUCGUAAAAUUACGAUGAAUUUGUAGCAUUGCGACUUUAUCUUUGCAAUAUUCCUACCUUUUGCAAUUGUACGACUUUUUCCAUUGUCACAUUACGAUGAUAUCAUUAUAAGAUUGUGACUUUAUCCUCGCAAUUUUCCUUCUUCUCGCAAAAUUACAUCAUUAUUGUAACAUUACGACUUUAUUCUCGCAAUAUUAUGACUUUAUUCUCGCAAUGUUACAACAUCAUUAUUGUAACAUUACGACUAUUUUCGCAAUAUUACGACGUUAUUCUCGCAAUAUUACAACAUCAUUAGGACUUUAUUUUUGCAAUAUUACUACUUUAUUCUCGCAAUAUUACCACUUUAUCGUAACAUUUUUACUUUAUUCCCACAAUUAUACGACUUCAUCGUAACAUUUUUACUUUAUUCCCGCAAUAUUACGACUUCAUAGUCGUCAAUUACGAUUCACUUGUAGCAUUGAGACUUUAUCAUCGCAAUAUUCCUACUUCUCGCAAUAUUAAGACUUUUUUCUCGCAAUACUACAACAUCAUUAUUGUAACAUUACGACUUUUCGCAAUAUUACGACUUUAUUCACGCAAUAUCACAACUUCAUCCUCGUACUUUAGUACGAGGAUGAAGUAAUGAAAAUGAAAUAAUAUGUAAUAAUAAUAUGUCAUAAUAAUAUGAAAUAAUAGUACUUUAUUCUCGCAAUAUUACAACACAAUUAUUGUAACAGUACGACUUUAUUCUCGCAAUACUACCACUUUAUCGUUGUAACAUUUCGACUUUAUUCCCACAAUAUUACGACUUUAUUGUCGUCAUAUUACGAUUAAAUUGUAUUAUUGCGACUUAAACCUCGCAAUAUUCCUACUUCUCGCAAUAUAUCUACUUUAUUCUCGCAAUAUUACAACAUCUUUAUUGUAACAUUAUGACAUUAUUCUUGCAAUAUUAUGACUUUAUUCUCGAAAUAUUACAACAUCACUGUUGUAACAUUACGACUAUUUUCGCAAUAUUACGACGUUAUUCUCGCAAUAUUACAACAUCAUUAGGACUUUAUUUUUGCAAUAUUACUACUUUAUUCUCGCAAUAUUACCACUUUAUUGUAACAUUUUUACUUUAUUCCCACAAUAUUACGACUUCAUAGUCAAUUACGAUUCAAUUGUAGCAUUGCGACUUUAUCCUCGCAAUAUUCCUACUUCUCGCAAUAUUACGACUUUAUUCUCGCAAUACUACAUCAUUAUUGUAACAUUAUGACUUUUCGCAAUAUUACUACUUUAUACACGAAAUAUUACAACUUUGUUGUAACAUUACGACUUUAUUCUCGCAAUAUUACAACACCAUUAUUGUAACAUUACGACUUUAUUUUCGCAAUAUUACAACACCAUUAUUGUAACAUUACGACUUUAUUCUCGCAAUAUUACCACUUUAUCGUUGUAACAUUUCGACUUUAUUCCCACAAUAUUAGGACUUUGUUGUCGUCAUAUUGCGAUUAAAUUGUAGCAUUGUGACUUUAUUCUCGUAAUAUUACGACUUUAUUCUCGCAAUAUUAUAACAUCAUUACUGUAACAUUACGACUUUAUUUUCGCAAUAUUACCACUUUCUUCUCGCAAUAUUACCACUUUACCGUUGUAACAUUUCGACUUUAUUCCCUCAAUAUUACGACUUUGUCGUCAUAUUACGAUUAAAUUGUAUCAUUGCGACUUAAACCUCGGAAUAUUCCUACUUUUUUCUCGCAAUAUCACAUCAUUAUUGUGACAUUACGACUAUUUUCGUAAUAUUACCACUUUCUUCUCUUUAUUGUCGUCAUAUUACGAUGAAAUUGUAGCAUUGCGACUUUAUCAUAGCAAUAUUCCAACUUUUUGCAAUUUUACGACUUUAUCCUUGUCACAUUACGAUGAAAUCAUUGUAAAAUUGUGACUUUAUCCUCGCAAUAUUCCAACAUUAUUGUAACAUUACGGCGUUAUUUCCGCAAUGUUACUACUUUACUCUCGCAAUGUUACCACUUUAUUCUCGCAUUAUUACCACUUUAUCGUUGUAACAUGACGACUUUACUCACGCAAUAUUACGACUGUCAUUUUGUGUGUAACAUUGCAACUUUAUUCUCAGAUUGUUUCCGAUUUUCUUUCUUGCGAUAUUACGACUUUAUUGUUAAAACCUUCCAACAUACAAACAGUAAAAUAUUCCGACUUUAUUCUGGCAACGUUAGGACUUUUUCUUGCAUUUUUUUUCUGUGAACUGAAUUAUUUUUGACUUCUUUCCAUUCUUCUACUUCUUUGUUGUGUUGCCUGCUAUGUUUGUGUGUAAAUAUUAUUAAGAUAUUCCGACAUUUGUACAUUUUGUCCUUCUCGUUGACGUAAUCUUUUUUUCCCUCGCCAGCUUCCAUCGCGCUGCCAACCAAAACAAUGUUGUUGUUUUUCCUGCCGGGAAUCACUUGAAAAAAAAAAAAAAAAAAGGUGUCUUACAAAAUAAAAGAACCGAAACCUUGUAAAAAAAAAAUAAUAAAAGCGUGUCAGGAUUUUGAUGAAAGUUCCCCGCUUGAAUGUUUUAAUCCGCCGUGAUGGAUUCAUUAAAAGCUUUUUAGAUUCAGACAACAGGUGGCCACAGACAUCAGCUCUAAGUGAACCACAAUGGCGGUAAAACAUGAGUUGACCUGUGACCUUGGACUUUUUUUGAGCUAAAAUCCUUGACAGUUAGAUGACCUUGGACCUCCGGUACCUUUGGCUAUGUUGCCUACAUGCCACUAUAAAAUAAAAUUACAAACCCCGUUUCCAUAUGUGUUAGAUGUAAAUAUAAACAGAAUACAAUGAUUUGCAAAUCCUUUUCAACCCAAAUUUAGGUGAAUAUGCUACGAAGACAACAUAUUUUAUUAUGAAACUCAAACUUUAUUUUUUUUUUUGCAAAUAAUAAUUCACUUCGAAUUUCAUGGCUGCAACACGUGCCAAAGUAGUUGGGAAAGGGCAUGUUCACCACUGUGUUACAUCACCUUUUCUUUUAACAACACUCAAUAAACAUUUGGGAACUGAGGAAACUAA